UAAGUUUGGAACAGAUGUUUUAUCAAUAAAGUGAGGGGUGGAGAGACAAACUUGUCAAAAUAAUUGCAAAGUGAAAAAACGGAUGCUAUUAAUUAAUAUAUACUAAUUGCUUGAGAUUUUAGAGCACAGCUUUAGUGAUUAUUAACAGAAGAUGUCAUUGCAAAAGCAGUUUCGUGAGCUUGCAAAGCCAUACUAUUGGAUAAAUAUUGUUCUAUCAAUUUCUUAUGUAGUAGCAAAAAAAUUAUAUCCAAUAUGUACAAGACUCUUCAAACAUCGAGGAGAAGAAAUGUGUGAAUUGGAUAGUCGUGAAACAGAGAUUUUAUUUUUUCUACUAAUUGUGGUUAUGAUACGUUCGCGAAAAACUGGGAGUGUAACCAUGGUCAAUUAUUUGUCUGCCUCAUUUCUCUACACAAAAGUAGCCAAUGUUAUACUAUGGGCUUAUAGCGAUUUCCGAUAUGGUAUCGGAUUCUUAUUAAUUUGCGUUCUCGUGAGUAUUAUUCUGCCAGAACCAUCGUACCGUGGUCCAGAGCACAUAACCUACUUCCGGAAUAUGCAAACAUUUGAGGAAGAGCUGGUGCGAGAUAAAAGAAUCAAUUGGUUAAUCUGUUUCUACACUGUAUGGAAUCCAAGUUGUGUAAAUUUUGCGCCUAUUUUUGCUGAACUUUCAGCGGAGUAUGAUUUGGAUAACUUAAAGUUUGGAAAAGUUGACAUUGGACGCUUUCCAGAUGUGGCACAAAAAUAUCGUAUAUCAGACAGCAGUUUUUCCCGACAACUACCCACAGUUAUACUCUUUAAAAACGGAAAAGAAGAGGAACGGAGGCCUUGUGGUGAUGCAAGGGGAAAAUUGCAGAAAUUCUUCUUUUCAACAGAUAAUAUGCGAGCUGAAUUCGGGCUUAAUCAACUUUAUAAAGAAUGCGUUGAAAAUCCGUUGAAGAAAUCGAAGCAGAUAAUCACUGCCACUGCAGUUAACGCUGCCGUUAAAAAGACACAAUAGAUAUUUAAAUAUAUAUAUACAUAUAUAUUCAAUAAGCAUAUGUGACCGUCUACUUAGAUAAGCAUCUAGAAACUCACGUAAACGCUUUUCAUUCUGUUUAUUUAUUAUAUUAGUUAAAGCAAACUAUUGGUAUUUAUUAUGUCCGUAUAUGUUCGUGCAUGUAUACGUACAUUCUUACAAUAAAGUUUACCAAAGAUUUCGUUUGAAUGAUGACGAAAAUACAAUUCA